GUGAUGAAAAUGGCCGUCGUCCACGAUCUCGCCGAAUGCAUCGUCGGAGAUUUAACUCCUCAUUGCGGAGUUUCUGUCGAGGAAAAGCACGCGCGCGAAGAGGCCGCUAUGCAGUCAAUUUGCGAACCGUUACCGACUGACCUCCGAGCCGAACUUGUCGAUUUGUUGAAGGAGUAUGAUUCUCAGUUAACACCAGAAGCUGUCGUUUGCAAAGAUCUGGACAAAUUCGAAAUGAUCCUGCAGGCAUUUGAGUACGAAACUGAGGCUGGGCAUCCGGGAUGGCUGGAAGAAUUUUUUAAGAGCACAGAAAAUGUCUUCAAAACCCCAUGCGUCAAGGAGUGGGUGUCUGCUCUUCGAGAGGCUCGAGCAAAGUCUACCAAAUGA